AUGAAUCAACCAAUAUACAAUGGUUAUCCUCAUCCAUUUUAUAUUCCUUCAAUUGUUCCUCCGCGACAAUUUAUGCAUGCAUCAAAUCUUCCAUCAAAUAAUCCUCCAUCUAUACCUAUUCAUCCAUCAUUGAAUGAAAAGUUAUCUAAUUAUACACAUUUUAUCCCACCAUAUAUAUAUCCAUCAGCAUAUGCACCUGGAAAUGGUAGUCUUCGAUCUACAGCACAUGGUUUAAAGCGAACACCCUUUCCAAUUUAUCCAAUUUCAAGAAAUAAUCCAACACCAAAAGUACCAGAAAUUCCUUAUCAAGGACCAAUACUACGACAACCAUUAUAUGGAAUACCUCGCAUACAACAACCACCGCAAGGUCAUUCAUUAGAACGAAAUCAAUAUAUGCUAAUUGAUGAGUCAACUUUAUCAACAUGUCAGUCUUCAAUAGUAGAAACCAUGCAAUCAGCUCAUUCAUGUGUGCCCACAGUACAACCAACAGCACCUGAAAAACAAAAACAACAAUUGCAUAUUGUUGAAAUGGUAUCACAUAAACAAUCAGAAGUUUCAACGCAAUCUAUGCGAUCGUCGACUCCGACAACUAUUACCUCAUCUAUAUUUUCAACGACAACAGGAAGUGAAGAUUGUUCAACCGAUUCUACGACUACGGAUUCAGCUGUAUCAAAUACUAAAUCGGCAAAUGAUUCAACUAUAAUACAAAAGCAAGAUGAAUUUCAAGGACAAACGACUGAUUUUAUAAGAGAUUGUUGCAAUGCUCAGAAGGAUAAGGUAUUUAAUGAAGAGAUCGUCAACAUUAAGAUUGGCAAUGUCUUUUCUGAAAUGAAAAUCUUAUUCGUGAGCGAUUAA